GAUUGAUGAGGAUUUUGGUCCCAAAGAAACAAACAACGAUUGGAAGCUUAUUAAGGAACCAGCUGAAGCUGCAAACGUUUUCAAAGAGCAUCUUUUAAGGGAACAUGCACCUGGAAAAGCACUGAGAAUGAAGAUGGAUGUAAGGGACUCCGAAGAAGACAGGGAACGGGAACUUCUGUCAUUCUAUAAACAGCAGCAAGAAUGGGCAUGUCCACUUCAUUGUAUUCUUGUUGGUGACGUUGCUGUUGGGGAGGGAGUGAUGCGGUACUUUAUGAAAACAAUAAUAUCCAAACUUCAGUUUGGAUUCAGUCUAGAUCUUGGAGGAAUGGGCCGAACACUGCUAUUUGAGGGUGAACCUGAUCAUCUUGUUCCAGCUGCAUCAGAGGUGCUUAUUGAAAGUGACCUCUUCCGGGUUGCAGGAAGGAUGUUGGCCCACAGCUUUCUGCAUGACGGCCCCCAUGUCACAGGAUUAAGUCCUGCUGUAAUUCAUGUACUGUUCAAUGGGGACCCUGAAACAGCAACUGUUGUUACAGAAGACUGUCCUGAUCUGCACAUCAGGAGCAUCAUAAAGCUGCUUGAACAUGAAGAACUUACACCGGAACAGAAGGACGCCGUUUCAGAUCUUUCAAUGUCCUGGGAUCUCCCAACAGUCACCAAAACAAAUCGGAGAUGGCUACAUAACAAACUUCUACUCCAUGCAGUUAUUGGGAGGACCAUGUGCCAAAUCAAACAGUUGAGAAAAGGACUGAAAGAUGUGAUGGUAUGGCCCCUGUUGACAUCUAGGCCAGAUGUUGUCCCUCUUCUUCUCCCCAAAAUGGCUGAAAUGCAGUUCACACCACAGAUGCUUCUAGACAAAAUCACAUGGCCACUUGAGGACAGUGCUGAUGAAGACUUUGACAUAGAGUCUACGUGCCGCAUCACUGGAUUUCUAAGGAUGUUCAUUGAAACAGCUUCAUCGGCUACACUGGUCCAGCUGCUGACGUUCUGGGUUGGCUGGGAGAAGCUUCCUCCUGAACUGAAAGUGGAGAUUUCUGGUGGAACCCUUCCUACAUCCUCCACAUGCUUUGAAACACUAAAGCUGCCAGCCCAUUUCAAAACAUUCAUGGACUUUGAGAAAGCACUCGUCUCUGCCAUAAAUAGUGUUCAGACUGGAUUUGGACUUGUUUAAGUGUUUUUCGGACAGAUGUGCACUGUGCAGUUGGUCAGGUCAAUUGACACAAGUUCAGUGUCUUUGAAAACAAACAGUGAACAUACUGUGUCCAGUAGUUGACAAUU